CACCAUCAAGCUCCACCCUCCCGGAGCGCUCAUGCAGCAAAAUCAAACUUACCCGGAAAGAGUGAUUUGCACUUUUGCACUUUAAUUUUAGCCUAUAAAAACUGUCUCCAAAUAUCCACCUGAAGGAAAUCCACUAAACCCCGGACGCGAUACAUUUGUCCUCACAGGUAUAAUGAAGAACUGCUGUGGUCUGAUAACCUCUCAGAAGGAGCCAGUUCCUCUGAAGAGCGUGGAGGUGGAGGUGGAGGUGAGGGACCAUGUGGCUACAGUGGUGUCCACUCUGAACUAUGAGAACAAGGAGGACAAACCACUGGAGGCUGUUUUUGUCUUCCCUCUGCCUGGAGAUGCUGCUGUCUGCCAUUUCAGUGCUAAGAUUGGACAGACACAGAUUGUUGCUGAAGUGAAGGAGAAACAGAAGGCUCGUGAGGAGUACGAUGACGCUCUGAGCUCCGGUCAGCAGGCCUUCCUGUUGGAAGAGAGUGAUCAGAGUCCAGAUAUUUUCUCUCUGAGUGUGGGCAGUCUGCCUCCAGGAGAGAGCGCUUCCAUCAGGCUGGAGUACGUCACUGAGCUGGCUGUGCAGGCUGAUGAAGGGCUGAGGUUUUGCCUGCCUGCUGUGCUCAACCCUCGCUACCAACCACGGGGUAGUGAAGAUGGCAGUGUCGAGGUGACCUCUGUCCCCGCCUCUCUGGUCCCCUACAGUCUGUCUUUCUCUGCCCGAGUGUCCUCUCCACGUCCAGUCUCUAAACUAGAGUCCAACUGUCCCCUGGACCCUGUUCAGUACCUCAAUACAGAGCAGAGCCAGGCCACGGUCAAGCUGGCGGCAGGACACAAGUUUGACAGAGAUGUUGAACUUCUGAUUUAUUACAAAGAUACCCACCAGCCCACUGCUGUGGUGGAGGCAGGACAGGCCUCUGCCAAGCCUGGCACUCUGAUGGGUGAUCCAGUAGUGAUGCUGAGUCUGUACCCAGAGUUCCCCCAGGCUGUGAUGUCUUCACUCGCCUCAUGUGGAGAGUUUGUGUUCUUAUUGGAUCGAUCUGGCAGCAUGGGUGUCCCUAUGCACAACAGCGAGGAUUCACAGACUCGCAUUGGCAGUGCCAGGGAUACUCUGCUGCUCCUGUUGAAGAGUUUACCAAUGGGCUGCUAUUUCAACAUCUACAGUUUCGGGUCCAGCUAUGAACACAUCUUUCCUAAGAGUGUGGAGUACAGUGAGAAGACCAUGGAAGAGGCUCUGAAGAAGGUUAAAGGGAUGGAAGAUGAUUUGGGAGGAACUGAGAUCCUUGAGGCCCUCAAACACAUUUACAGCCAGGCCUGCAUUCCCAAUCAACCUAGACAACUGUUUGUCUUCACUGACGGAGAAGUAGGGAACACCAAAGAAGUAACCAAUCUGGUGAAGAAGAAUUCAAGUUCCCACAGGUGUUUCUCUUUUGGCAUUGGUGAAGGAGCCAGCUCUGCUCUUAUCAAUGGGUUGGCCAAAGAAGGUGGAGGUCACGCUCAGUUCAUCACAGGCACUGACAGGAUGCAACCCAAAGUGAUGCAGUCGCUGCGUUUUGCUCUGCAACCAGCUGUGGUGGAUAUUUCAGUGAAGUGGGAUUUGCCAAAGGGAAUCUCUGUCACUGUUCUCUCUCGACCAAUCACAACACUUUUCCAGGGUCAAAAGUCACUGAUUUAUGCCCAACUCACUGGAAAGAAUCCAAAAGCAGCAGAGGGCAGUGUGAAGGUGAAGUACAACCUAGCAGGUCAUCCCUCUGCGAACCAGCUCCACUUCAGCCUCAAACCUGCAGAGGACUCUGGAUUAACAGUUCACAGGUUGGCUGCUCGGACUCUGAUUCGCUCCCUGGAGAUGGAGGAGAAAGAAAAACAAGAAGUAAAAGGAGGAAAGCGAGAUGGAGUGAAGAAGAAGGUGGUGGAGCUCAGCGUCCAAUCAGGAGUUAGCAGCACCUUCACUUCCUUCAUUGCUGUCAAUAAAGGCAGCGGCGAGAUGAUUCAAGGACCCAUGGUGCGCCGAAAUGUUCCAACACCCAUGAUGAUGAACUGUGGUAUGCAGAGUAUGAAGAGCAGAUCCUAUAGUCCUGCGCUUGGAAGGUCGUUGUGGAACUCAGGUCCCUGUCUGCAAUCAGCUACGUUAGCAACGGCGGCGAGCUCAGAUUGGGAAUCAGCUACGUUAGUGAUGAUGGACUGUGAUAUGCAGAAUAUGAAGGGGACAUCCUAUAGUCCUGCGCCUGGAACAAUGUUGGCGAGCUCAGGGGGGGAAUCACCUACAUUAGGAGGAUUUGGGAAUUGGGAUGGUCUUGCAGAGGCAAAGCCUGAACUGCCUCCCAGAGACCCUCUGCUGCAGCUGGUCUCCCUCCAGAAGGCAUCUGGUUGUUGGGUGCUGGAUCAGGCUCUGGCUGCUGCGCUGGGAAAAACCAGCGAGGAGGUGGAGAACGCCCAACCUUCAGGGGUGAAUAAGGAAGUGUGGGCCACCAUUCUGGCACUGGUCUGGCUUCAUGGUUUCAAGGUGGAUGCUCAGGAAGAGUGGGAGCUUCUGGCUAUGAAGGCUGUGUCAUGGCUCCGUGCUCAGAACGCCCAAUGUGUGUUGGAGUGUGUGGAGGCUGGGAACACCCUGCUGGGUUGUAAGGUGCAGAAAGAUGCCCUGGGAAUCUGAGGUUUUCAUUAAAGUGACUUCUCCUUUAGGAUUGUUACAAGAAAGCAGAUUUAUUCUCAUUCAACAACAUUUUCUUUAUAUUGUUAUCAUUGCAAUUCACUCUUUGCACUAUUAACAUUUCAACAAACAAUAUAUUCCUGCAAAACUGCACAGAAACGGAUUUGCUUAAACCCAAGUGGACAUAAGCUUGCCUCUUCCUCGUGAGCCUUAAAUAACUUACCUAUUAGUAUUGAGUGCACUGCCUCAAUUUCAGUCACAAUCAUGGAUGCUAAAAAGUACAACUGUUAAUGAGAAGCAAAAUUAUGAUUCAGAAGAGUUCAAUUGAUUACC